GGCCCAGGAUGGCUGCUGCGGCGGCGGCGGCGGCGGCUGGGGGUGCGGGCGCGGCGGGCCCUGGGGUGGGGACCGGGGGAGGCCCCGGGGCGGGCGGGCCGGGCCCGGGCCCCCCGGGGCUGGAGGCUGCGCUUCAGAAGCUGGCGCUGCGGCGGAAGAAGGUGCUCAACGCCGAGGAAACAGAGCUCUACGAGCUCGCCCUGGCGGCCGGCGGAGCCAUCGACCCCGACGUGUUCAAGAUCUUGGUGGAUUUGCUGAAGCUGAACGUGGCCCCGCUGGCCGUCUUCCAGAUGCUCAAGUCCAUGUGUGCGGGGCAGCGGCUGGCCAUGGACCCUUCUGGGCCCGAGAGCAUGGGAUCCGCUCUGCCGCCACCCACCUUGCCUGACGCAAGAGGGAGAAACAAGAGCAGUGGGGCAGCCGUGCUGGGGGAGCGUGGUGGCCGAGAAGGAUCGAGCCAGCGGAUGCCCAGGCAGCCCAGUGCCAGCCGGCUGCCCAAGGGGGGCAGCACUGGCAAGAGCCCCACUCGGAACAGUAACUGAGGGGGCACGAGGGUACCAUCUUUCACUCAGCACUCAUACUGAUCCUGAAAUACUUAAGAUGGGAUUUGGCAUAAAUAAAGAGUCGUAGAGAUGUCAUUUAAUAGACUGGAAGACAAGGGACGACAUUCUAGGCAACAGGAGAAAUGUCCUCUUGGCUUAUGUCUCCUUCCAUUAAUAAUAAACCAUGUUGUGAAAUAGAAGCUGUUGGAUUGAGA